AUGUCGUCCUAUCUAAAUAAUCUCCUCACGAAUACGACUUCGCGCUACAACAACCUUCGACGACAGAUCCUAUCCGACGAAGCAGACGGCGACACAGAAGACGACUCGCAUCUUUCAAGAGUCCUUCGCGCAUAUUACACGGAGAAAGGAAGACCGUUCCCACAAUGGCUUCCACCUGACCCAAAGGCGCCGCAGCCUGCGCCCGCUCAGUUUGCGUCUUCCCAGUUCGCGUCUUCGCGACAGCAAGCGCAAGCACAACCAGCGGGCAGAGGAGGAGGAUUGAGUGAUCUAUGGGACAACCCUGCGCCACAACAACCACCGCAAGAGCCCCAGUCACUUCGGCGAGGGGCAGGAGGACGGGGUGGAGGAGCACGCCCGAUGCAAGGUCGACCUAUGGGCAAUUCGUUGACACCAGAGCCUCAAAUACAAGGGAGACCAUUACCUAGCCAAAGAGCUGGGAGCUACCAGAGCUCUGUGGGAGGGCGCCCACAGGCCGAAGCUUCACCACCACCGAGCGCUGGUGCAGGAUCAGGCACAUCAGCACAGGAAAGGCUCAAGGCCAGGUUGUGGGGACGGUCACAGAGCCCAGCACCACGUGGCCUAUCUUCAGAAUCGGCCAACUCGCACUCGCUAUCGCAAGGUGGACGACCGCCCUAUCCUGACGACCGAAGCCAUAGCUAUGGAAGCACUGGUAGUGGUGGUGGACGGCAGCAGGGCUCUUUCGGCAUGUCGUCGAACUCCCCUUGGAGCGGGAACGACGACCCAUAUGCGCCUCAGAGUGGAGGAUAUGGCGGCGGCGCACCUCCACCACAACGCGGGCCGCAAGGUGGCCGUAUGGGUCUGCCAAGCGGACCGCGCAUGCGUUGA